UUUAAAUCGGUACAAGAUGGCGGAGGGGGAGGAGGUGGCGCGGAGGCAGCAGCCGCACCUGGAGCUGCGGCGCCGACGGCGGACCAGCGACCCCGGCACCGAGGUUAACCACGUCUCGUCCACGACCUCGCUAGGUGAGGAUUAUGAAGAUGAGAACCUAGUAAACUCUGAUGAGGUUAUGAAGAAACCAUGUCCAGUACAGAUUGUUCUUGCUCAUGAAGAUGACCAUAACUUUGAGCUUGAUGAAGCAGCUUUGGAGCAGAUAUUGCUACAGGAGCACAUUCGUGAUCUUAACAUAGUGGUAGUAUCCGUGGCAGGAGCUUUUCGUAAAGGGAAAUCAUUUCUACUGGACUUCAUGCUUAGAUAUAUGUAUAACAAGGAUCAUCAAAGUUGGAUUGGUGGAAACAACGAACCAUUGACUGGCUUUACAUGGCGAGGUGGUUGUGAAAGAGAAACAACAGGCAUACAAGUCUGGAAUGAAGUGUUUGUGAUUGACAGACCUGAUGGAACAAAAGUGGCUGUGCUGCUAAUGGAUACUCAGGGUGCCUUCGAUAGCCAGUCAACAAUCAAAGACUGUGCAACAGUGUUUGCUCUGAGCACUAUGACUAGCUCAGUCCAGGUAUAUAAUUUGUCUCAGAAUAUUCAAGAAGAUGAUCUUCAGCACUUGCAAUUAUUUACAGAGUAUGGCAGGCUUGCAAUGGAAGAAAUCUACCAGAAACCAUUUCAGACAUUAAUGUUUUUGAUUCGAGAUUGGAGUUACCCUUAUGAACAUUCAUAUGGUUUGGAAGGUGGAAAACAAUUCCUUGAAAAGAGAUUGCAGGUAAAGCAAAAUCAGCAUGAAGAGCUACAGAAUGUAAGGAAGCACAUUCACAAUUGUUUCUCAAAUCUUGGUUGCUUCCUUUUACCACAUCCUGGUCUUAAAGUUGCAACUAAUCCUAGUUUUGAUGGGAGAUUGAAAGACAUUGAUGAAGACUUUAAACGAGAGCUUCGAAAUCUGGUGCCAUUGCUGCUUGCCCCUGAGAAUUUGGUGGAAAAAGAGAUAAGUGGAUCUAAAGUCACUUGCAGGGAUCUUGUAGAAUAUUUUAAGGCUUACAUUAAAAUUUAUCAAGGAGAGGAACUUCCACAUCCAAAGUCCAUGCUUCAGGCAACAGCUGAAGCUAAUAAUCUUGCUGCAGUAGCAGGAGCAAGAGAGAUUUAUUGCAGAAAUAUGGAACAGGUAUGUGGUGGAGACAAGCCUUACAUUGCACCUUCAGAUCUGGAACGAAAACAUCUGGAUCUCAAGGAAGUGGCAAUUAAACAGUUUCGUUCAAUUAAAAAAAUGGGUGGAGAUGAUUUCUGCCGUCGUUAUCAGGACCAGCUUGAAGCUGAAAUCGAAGAAACCUAUGCAAAUUUCAUAAAGCACAACGAUGGCAAAAAUAUCUUCUAUGCUGCUCGUACACCUGCCACACUGUUUGCAGUCAUGUUUGCUAUGUAUAUAAUCUCAGGACUGACUGGCUUCAUCGGUCUAAACUCUAUAGCCGUCUUGUGUAACCUGGUCAUGGGUUUGGCACUGACAUCUCUUUGUACUUGGGCAUAUGUUAAAUACUCUGGGGAGUUCAGAGAAAUUGGAACAAUGAUUGAUCAGCUUGCUGAAACACUGUGGGAACAGGUAUUGAAGCCCCUGGGUGAUAAUUUGAUGGAGGAAAACAUAAGGCAGUCUGUAACAAACUCUAUCAAAGCAGGCCUGACUGACCAGGUGUCUCAUCAUGCCCGGUUAAAGACAGACUGACAGUUCAUCUCCUCAUGGACUCCACUCUCCCUCUUGUUCAUGCUUGCUGUACAAUGAGAACUCAAAUACAAAUAAACCAAAGUUUACAAUCAACUGUAGAAGUAGUUUAGUACAACUGGCUUCACAGAUGGCUGCCACAGAGUGUGAAAAUUGUUGGUUGGUUUUAAGCAUUCUGUUCAUGGCUCCUAAGGCAUGGAAAUUGGCUGAGGAGCAUUAGUUUAUCAUGCACAUUUGUGCCAUGUUUUUAAAUCUUUCCUUUCCUUUUUACUUAAGCUAAUGUUAGUGAAAUUUGUUUUAUGUAAAAGGAUAUUUCAGGGAAAUAUUUUAAGAAAUCUAUUUAGAGUCUCUCUAACAGUGUCCCAUUGAAUUUUAAUUUUUAGAGAAGCUAUGAAUCACUGUAUAAAGAAUCAGAUUGGAAUGACAAUGAAGCCUUUAUUGAGCCACUACAUUAAAAGUAUAUAUUGCUUUACUGCCUUCAAUACCAGUAUUACAUAAAUGCAUGUAUCAGAAACUUCACAGAAAUUACAUGACAACUCUUGUAGCUAAGAAAGUGAUUCUGAGGUGUACAUUUGUCUUGCCUUUUGAAAUUUAUAAACCUGCCCUAAAAGGAGAUGCAUAUCUGGGAAUCUGAACUGUCAUGCAGUUUAGCCUUCAUGUACAUAAAAUAUGCCAUUAAUUUUAUUGGGGGAGGAAUUCCAUCCAAAAAUGUUGCCUACAGCUAUGAGUUAAGAGUGUCUGUACAGUGUGUAGCUUUUAUUUUCUAAACUCACAGAUAGGGCAUGUAUAUGAAAUAUAAAUAUAUAAAUAACAAUUUUGUAUUAAAAGUUUUGUAGUUUAUG